UAUACUUUAAAAAUCAACAACUAAAAGAAGUUGACGAUUUAUUCAAUUCAACGAAAAAAAACGGAAUCUUGAUUGCAAAUUUAACUAGAUUCAUCAGAGCAAACUCACGUCAUGAAAAUAAUGCUAGAACUAUCUUAGAUUUUUCAAACUUCUUGAACCAGUCUUUAAAUAUGAUUGAGAGCUCUAUCAAAAAGUUUGAGGAAUUCGGUCACUCUUGGAUCCGAACAGAAAUGCAUUUCAGAAAAAUGUAUGAAUUGCCAUCCGAAGAGCUUGUCAAAAUCUAUACCCAAAACCAAAAGAAGCCGAUUGUGCCAAAUUCCAUUGUCCAGAAUCCAAAAUCUGCAGUGAAUAAAUUGAAAAGAUCGGAAAAUGAAAGUGCAACAAAAAGUUCAAAUCAAUCUUUGUCCCGCUCGUCUUCCGUCUCUAGCGGUAAUAGCUCGUUAUCAAUUGGGACUAAGGAAAAACUAACCCAGCCUUUUGUACGUAAAAACUCUGUCUCAUCUAAUUCGUCUAUAUCAUCGCCACAGCGACACUCAAUGAUUGGUUUUCCAACCCCUACACUAAGAGCAAACCCGAGCACUUCUGCCAGGCCAAUGUCCACCAUUUUCCUAGCUUCUAAUGAUUCCUUUCAUGAUGCCAAAAGCGAAUCUCAUCCACCAAAUCCUAAUGCUGAAUCUGAAGCCUCUUCCUUGCCAGGUAAGCCGAAUCUUGGCAGAAGAAGAUCUAAUUCUCAACCUAUCUCAAGCACUGAGGUAAUGAAAAGCUUGGAAACUGGAGCUGCUGCUACUGCCUUAAAGAAAUCUUUUUCCAAUUCAAAUGGUCUCAAAUUGCCUACUGGAUCAAUAAAGGAUAAGUCUGAGGGGUUGACGAGAUCAUCUUCACUAUCAAAAAUUACAAACUCUAGUGAAGGGUUAAGUGCACCACCACUAAACAAAACGAAACCCUUGAUCGUUCUCAAAGAAUCAGAAGAAGAAGCUGUUAAUGAAUCCAAACGACCUACAUCUCCCAAGUUGACGGCAAACCAAAGAUUACAACUUCACAUCAAACAGGCUGCAAAAUCAGGAUCUUUGAUGACACAACAGAAAGAGGCCUUUUCUCACGUUGUCUUUGAUCCUAACUCACCAUCCUCCGUUAAUCUUAAAAAAUACCUGGCCAAUUCCCCACCCCCGGCUGAAUUACAGCCUGCUGUGGUAGUAUCACCAACAGCAUCCCCUCCAUCUGAACCAGCCAAGGUGAAGCCGACUACCCGUGCACAAAUAACUAAAAUUAAUACUCAGAAAAAUAGCAUUCUAAGUGAUUCUGUCUCCGAAGAUAACCAAGUUUCACGAAGUAGCUUAACUAUUGCAUCUGAGGCAAAAACCUCACGCUCAAGCUCGAUUACUCCUAGCUCUUCUCCAUUGAGUGAAAGUGCACAAAUCACCGAAGCCAUCAAGAAAGUUCGUUUCACUGGGGUUCCUGAAUACACUCCAGAGGAAGACGCACCCACAAAAUACUCAGCCCGUAUCCUAAAGAACUUUGCAGUGUUUAAGACUCCCUCCUCGGCCUAUAAACCAGCCUUCAAAAGAAAAGACCAAAUGUUAAAAAAGGAAGAAAGUUUAUUAUUCAAAAAAAACUUAUCAGAACAUGAAAGUGAUGCUGCUGCUGCCUCAACCAGUGCUAUAGCCACCGCUCUUGGUGGGUCACCAUCACCCAACAAUUCGGCAGUUGGUGCUGCUGCUGCUUUAGCUGAUAAAACCUCUAUGAGUUUUUCGAAACCAUUGACCCAAAGCAGACUAUCGAAAUUUAAGAAUAAAUUCAUUUAAACUGGUGCCCGAUUUUGCAGCUCAGUAUUUUAACAUUUUUAUUACUCUUUUUUUUUCCAAAGAACACAUUUCAGAACGAUGCCUGCUCUUCGUGAUGCUCCAUGGCUACUGUAGCAUCACGUGGCAUUCGUAAUACUAGAUCAAAUGAUUAAUUUUUAAUGAAUAUUAAUGUUAUCUACAAUUUUGCAGACAUGUAGUCUAUUCUGUCUCAUCGG